AUGUUUGGUUUUAUUGCCUGUAAUGAUUCACUUAAAAAAUUACAUUAUGAAAGGAAUUCUUGUUUACGAAAUUUAAUUUUGCUUAAACGUGUUUGUCUAUAUUUGGACGAUAUUGCUGAAUUUGAAUUUUGUAUUGAGCCUCCCUAUGUUUUCCGUAUAGAAGAUACACCAAUUGCUGUACCCCUAAUCUCCUCCCCUAUAGACGGGACAAUGUCGCCAGUUCAAUCUACAAUAAGUGAUUCUCCAAUAUUUAAAGGAAUUAAUUUAAAUAAUAAUUCGAUUGCAAUGAAUAUACACAGAAAAAGACGUGAAAGUGCUGCUAAAAUAUCUACAAACGGCUCUUUUUGUGAAAUUUCUCGUAAUUCUUAUUUGGAAGGUUUAGUAGAUGAUUUACCCGAAGUUGAUAUUACUAAAUUAACUGCUGGGGAAACUUCUGUUCAGAGUGCGAAAGAGCAGGUUUUCUUUUUUAUUUUUUUGUGUCAAUAUUUAUGUGGGUUUUAAGUGGCGAUUGACAUAACUAGUUAUUACCCAGUACGUCGUGGCUAUCACCGGUUUUGACUCUUGGUUCCGGUUUGAUUAACCGGUUUUGUGUCAAAUUCUGGUUUUAAAUAACGAAAUAUAAGACUAAAAAUAUUAAGACUAAAAAAGAAAGGGGCAAGCACCGGAAAUGAAAAGGAAAAACCAAAUUAGGAAGGCGGCAGUUAAUGACUAAUGGAGUAAUUGACUUAAAAGUGGAGUUGGAC